AUGGAUAAGGUGGAUGAUUUCGUCAACGCCGAAGAUACAUUACAAGCUCUUGUAGAACCAAGGAAAUGGGAGCCGAGGGUGGAACGCAAAAGCAGUUCGGGAGACAAGAAAGCUGCACUGAACCACCAAGACAGGAGGCACGAAAGGCGACAAGAGUAUAAUACCCUACUCAUCCACAAUAAUUUGAAUGUGCAAGAAAAGGAAGAGUCAGAAAGAGAAUAUCGCCAACCCAAAACCUGCAGGCGCUAUAGCAAAUAUCAUCAAACGAGCUCACACUGGACAGAGGACUGCACGACCAUGAAGAAGAGAGUCACCGAACUGGCGAGCACUGGAGAGCUUGAGCAAAUGGUCACAGAGCGAGCAAAGCCCAAACGGCGAUUUGAGAGAGGACACGACUCCCGUAGAAGUAGUAACUCGGAUAGGUGGCGUCCAUCGAGGGAAGACGCCCGUAAUAAUAAUAGGGACAGGGUGCCUCAGAAUAACGAUAGGGACAGGGUCUCUCUAGGCAAAAUCAGGACAAUAGCAAGUGGAUUCGCUGGGGGUGACACAUCCUCGUCUAGCAGGAGGGCACACGCCCGAAGGGCAAGAUACGAAGAAACUUAUGUAGCAUGCAGGUUGCCCAAGCACCGAAAACUUGACAUCUCAGUAACUAUCUCUUUUGGGGAAGAAGAUUGUGAAUGA